AUGGCGACCCCCCCGAUGUCGCCCACGAGGCCCAAGCCCAAGGGCCCGAACAGCUGGAACUGCAGCUACGUCAUGUCCAGCGGCGACGGCGUCAACCUGUUGGGCACGCUGGACGUCGACGCCAAGCGCGCUCGGUUCGUCGCCGCCACCGGGCUGUUCGGCACCGCGUACCAGUUCGUCAUGCCCAGGGACCAGAUCCAGGUGCUGCGCGUGCCCACCGCGAAGACCCCGUACAACGCGCUGGAGCUGCACACGAAGUACAGGCAGAACAUCCUGUGCGACUUUGACGAUAACAAGGAGGUGUUCAGGCGGUGCUGCGAGGUGAUGAAGCUGGAGAUCCUGCCGCAGGACGCUCCCCUCAUCGGCGUGAUCAGCGUGGAGAAGAGCGAGGUGGCGAAGGAGUACCGCGCGAAGACCGAGCUCCGCAAGCUCGCGACGUCCUCCGUCGAGCGCGACGUCUCCGCGCUCCGAUCCCCAUCCUCCGCCAACCGCCGCAACGAGGACGAGCAGCUCACGAAGCAGGUGCAGCACCUCUUCACCGAGAAGGCCAUGCUCCAGCGCCGGCUCAAGGAGCUGGAGCGCGAGAACGCGCACCUCCACGACGAGGUGGAGAUGCUCUACACGCAGGUGGACGAGCAGGCUGACGAGGUGGACGCGGCGUACGAACGAGCCAUGAGGGACGCCGCGAACGUCGUCGUCGAAGACUUUCUCACGCAACAACAGGAGCUCGACGCGAGACGAGAGGCGGAGGUGGCCGCCGCGCGCGCCGAGGCGGACGCCGUCAGGGAACGUCUGGGAAAGCUCGAGGCGGACGCCAGGCGCGAGCGCGAGGUUCGCGUCCUCGUCGACGGCGCGAUACGCAACAUCAUCGGCGCCGGCGGCGACGACAAACGUGAACCGGACCGGCGAAAGCCGGACCCGUCGACCCAAACUCCGUCGACCCACCAAACCCCGCACUCCGGCGCGUCACCACCCACCCCCGGCGGAACCCCGUCUUCUUCUUCCGCGCUCACGCCCGCGCGCGAACGCGAGCUGCACGCGCUGCAGCGAAGGUCCGAGGAGCUCCAGCGGCACAUGGAGCGGAUGCGAUCGGAGCGAGCCGGGAUGGAGCUCGAGGUUGCCGCGCUUCGGCGCGAACUGUUCGAGAAGGAGGAGCAGACGUACGCGGAUCGCGAGUCGCUCGCGAGGGAGGUGGAGCAGCUCCUGGCGCGGCAGGCGGAGAUGUCCUCCAACCUGGCGCAGGUUCGCAGGGAGAAGGAGAUGCUCGAGGAGGACAACGAGGUGCUCUACGCCAAGGCUGAGGAGGAGUCGGAGAGGGCGAGGGCGGAGGCGGAGGCGGCGGCGCUCGCGAGGACCCCGACAACGUCUAACCCUAAAGCCCCGUCGCCCCCGGAUCGCGGUGGCGGCGUCGACGGGCCGGACACGCCCCCGACGGCGGACAAGGCGACGACGCCGCCGCCCAAUAAGCCGGAAGGGGACGAGACGAGGAGGACGACGGAGACGACGGAGGCGACGACGAGGACGACGGAGACGUGGGGGUCAUCGUCGGAUGAGGAGGAGAACGACGAGAACGACGGCACCCGCGCGCCCCCGGCGACCGCCAACGCCACCCCCGCCGGCUACCACUCCCCGUCCUUGCCCUGGCGCGUCCACUCGCAGGUCUCGUCACCCGACAGAGUCCGCGUGCGAGCCGCGGCGGCGGCGAAAAAGUCGAUAGCCGACGGUCCCGACAGCGAACUCGCGGAGAAACUCAUGCGGCGGCUCAAGCGCGCGGGCGAGGAGAACGAGGCGGAGGCCCUGAGCGAGCAGGUGCGGACGUUGCAGGCGGAGCAGGCGGAGAUGCGACGCGCGAUGGCGGAGGUGGAGAGGGAGAAGGAGCGCAUGGCGGAGGAGGUGGCUCGGCUCAAGGAGGCGGCUUCGCCCGUCGGAGCGAGCGCGGAUGCCUUUGUCAAUCCGCUGUCGCCGGCGAUGGGGCUCGGGUCGCCGCUCGUCUCCCCGUUCGGCUCGGACGACGGCAUCAUGCGGGAGCGCGAGGAGGCGCUCAGCAGGCGGGAGAUGGAGCUGGAGCGGGAGCUGGAGGAGCGUGUUCGCGAGGCGACGCAGGCGACGGCGACGGAGGUUGCGAGGCUGAGGGAGGAAUGCGCGGCGAAGGAUGCGAGGAUCGCGGAGCUGCUCGCCGCGGCUAAAGCCUAA